AAAAGAGAAAGUCAAAAUUUGAAUGAAUUAAAACCAUGGGAGAAUGAUGAACAUGUAUUAUUAUUUACAACUAUAUAUAAUUUAUGUAUUUUACCUGAUUCAGUUUAUUAUGAAGAACAAUUAUAUAAUUUAUAUUCAAUUUAUAUUAAAAAAUAUUUACAAACAACAAUAUUACCAAAAUUAAAAGAUAAAUAUGGAGAAGAUUUAUUAAAUGAAAUUGUUUUUAUUUGGAUUAAUUUUAGAGACAUUUUUGUAAAAUUUUGUUCCUAUAUAUUUAAAUAUUUAGAUCAAUUUUAUGUUGCUUCAAAUACUAAAAGAACUUUAAAAUAUGAAGCUUAUUAUUUAUUUAAAACAAGUAUAUUUGAUCAUUGUAAAGUUCAAUUAAGACAAAUUUUACUUGAUAAAAUUACACAAGAUCAAUAUUUAUUAUUUGCUGAAGAAUGUAUUCAACAAGAACAAACUAGAAUUCAAGCAAUAUUUCCAACUAGUUUUUCACAAAACAAGUUAAUGAAAUUAUGUGAUUUGGAAUUAUUGAAAAAUAUGCAAAAACGUUUAUUAGAAAUGAGUGGAAGUGGUGUUAAAAUUUUAAUUAGAGAUGAAAAAUUUGAUGAUUUGAAAAGAUUAUAUCGUUUAAUGAAUAGAUUAGAAGGUGGUUUAGAUCCAAUUGCUGAUUUAUUUAAACAAUAUUUAAUUUUUGUUGGAAAUGAAUUAUUUGUCAAGUAUGAAAAUGCUUCAUCUGAAAUGAUUAAAUCUAAUGAUAAUAAUUUAAAUAAUAAUAAUAAUAAUGAUUUAUUAGAACUUCAUCAAAAGAUGAAAAAUAUAACAAAUGGAUCAUUUUCAAGAAAUGUAAUAUUUCAUAAGGCCAUGUCAGAAGGAUUUAAACAAUUUGUUAAUAAGAAUAUAACACUUGGUCAAUUUGAAAUUAGAAUUGUACAAUUAUUUGCCUAUUAUACAGAUGAUGUAUUAAGAAAGAAGAGUGAUGAAAAGAAAUUAGAUUGUAUUGUUGAUUUUAUUCAAUUCUUUUCAGAUAGAGAUAUGUUUAUUGAAGAACAUCGUAAAUUAUUUGCUAUAAGAUUAUUAGUAACUGAUUAUCAAGAAUUAGAAGAAAGAAUGAUGAUUUCUAAAUUAAAAUAUCAUUAUAGAGGUGUUGCUGAUACUUAUAAAUUAGAGAAAAUGUUAACAGAUAAAACAAUGGCCAAUGAUAUGAAAUUAGAAUUUCAAAAUUAUAUUACAACAAAUCAAUUACAACUUUCAUAUGAUGUUAAUGUUACAGUUUUAACUAUGGGAAUGUGGCCUUUAAAAGCAAAAGAACACAUGUUACUUCCAAAGGAAUUUUUAGAAUCACAACAUUUAUUUAAACAAUUUUAUGAUUCUAGAAAUGGUAAAAGAGUUUUAAAAUGGGUUUAUUCAAAGAGUAUGGCUCAAAUUCAUGCUCAUUAUAUUAAUGGUAAUCAUUUAUUUGAACUUUCUACUUUACAAGCUUCAAUUUUAUUACUUUUUAAUGAUCAAUUACAAUUAUCUGUUAAACAAAUUGAAGAUUUAACUGGUUUAAAUUUUGAUGAUAUUGAUUUGAAACAAUCAAUAAUUUCAUUAUCAUCAACAAAAUUUCCAAUUUUAAUAUUUAAUCAGAAGGAAAUGACACUUUCAUUGAAUGAAAAUUUUACAUCUCGAUCAUUUAAACUUAAAAUUCCAUUACCAAGAAUAACACAAAAAGAUACACAAGGUACACAAACAAGUGUUAGUACAGAUAGAGUUCAUAUUUUAGAUGCAUGUGUUGUUAGAAUUAUGAAAACAAGAAAGACAAUGAAUAUUCAAUCAUUAUUUAAUGAAGUUAGUUCACAAUUAAUUCCAAUAUUUACUCCUGAUGUUAAACAAAUUAAGAAGAGAAUUGAAUCUUUACUUGAAAGAGAUUUUUUGAAAAGAGAUGAACAAAAUAAUUCAAUAUUACAUUAUGUUGCAUAA